AUGCCUGCAUUUUUAAUAAGAAAAGAGGUGACUACCCAUGUCUCUUUUCUGUUGGAGUCAAAGUGUUGCUUAGAGAGUGAACAGUUUGGUUUAAACAGAUUGUACCAGUCAAAGACGUGGAUCAAGAAAGGAAAGCUGUGGAGGACAUCCCCCCACCCUACCCCACAAAAAGACCUUGCCUGUAAAAAUGUCAAUCCUUACCUUAGACUUAGUCCCACCCAGUACUCCCCCCUCCACCAGCCUUCCCCUGUGUCUGUACGCGUCCUACCCGACGAGACAGCAAGGGAGGCCUGCAGCUCUCGAAACGGACGAAAGAGCCAGUCCCUAGGCUCAGUCAAGGUUUGCAUAGACUUGCAAGAAUCAGGCUUCCCAGAUGGCCCAGGGCCUCACUAUCUGUAA